UAACGCGGUGUUUAUGAAUGUUAUUUUGACGCGUUGGUGAGGUCAGAGUUCAGGCCAUACUAAUGUCGUCAUGCGCUGAAGAUGGCAGACGGGGAAGGAGGAUGGUGGGGAGGCUGGUUGACACAGAGCUUCCAGGCCGUCAAAGACAAGUCAGCUGAGGCAUACGAGUUUAUCAAACGGGACCUGACAGAAUUCUCCAGCGUGGUCCAACAUGACACGGCAUGCUCCGUUGUGGCAACAGCGAGCGCCAUUAAGAGCAAACUGGCAGUUGAAAGUUCAUCAGAGGCCACUGAAAAGGUGAAGAAGGGCAUUUCGAAUUUUCUGGGCGUGAUCACAGACACUUUGGCCCCUCCCCAAGACAUGACCAUCGACUGUGAUGUCAUCACGCUGGUAGCCACUCCGGAAGGCACAACAGAGGUGUAUGACAGCAGCAAGGCUCGACUCUACAGUCUUCAAGCAGACCCUGCUACAUACUGCAAUGAGCCUGACGGCCCUCCACAGCAGUUUGAUGCCUGGUUGUCCAGUUUCACACUGGAAGAGAGGAAAGCAGAGAUCUCUGAAAUGCUGGUCAACAGCCCCGCCAUAAGAGCUCUUUAUACUAAAAUGGUGCCGGCAGCAGUGGCUCAUUCAGAGUUCUGGCAGCGGUACUUCUAUAAAGUGUUCCAGCUGGAGCAGGAGGAGGCCAGGAGAGUAGCGCUGAAGCAGAGAGCAGAGCAGACGGAUCAUUCUGAGAGUCUUGGUUGGGAGGAAGAGGACGAAGAAGGUGAGUUUCUCGGGGCUACAUCGUCUUCUCGCUUAGAUUUCACUCCACCUGUCGAAGAGGCAUGUGUCCCUUCGGUAACAAUAGAGGCCACCCCUGAAAGCUCCUCACCCUCUCAAGUGGUGGUUUCCAGCAGCAACGUAGCAUCUGACGUCACUCCCUCUGUAAGCAGCGACAGCGUCAGCUUCCCCACCCAGAUCGAGAAUCAAGCAGACUCUGUCACCAUCAGAGUCACGCAGCCAUCGCCCGCUGCAGACCAGGUCUCUCAGAAACUCUCAGAGGCCAGUCUACAGGAGACAUUCCCAGAGGAGCGACCCUCACAGACCGCCAGAGACGACGUAGCUCAAGACCUCCGAGUGUUUGAGCUCAACUCAGACAGCGGCAAAUCCACACCCUCCAAUAAUGGCAAGAAAGGUUCGAGUACAGAUGUCAGUGAAGACUGGGAGAAGGAUUUCGAUCUGGAUAUGACAGAAGAAGAGGUUCAGAUGGCUUUGUCUAAAAUCGACGCAACAAAAGAGUUGGAAGAUGAGGACUGGGAGAACUGGGAGUGAGAAUCUGGUGGAGGGAAUUCUGGCCCGAUAUCGACGUGAGGCGUUGCUGUCCCCAAAGUGAAUCAUGCUUAAUAUAUAUAACUCCUAGUCUACGGCCACACCUGCUCAUUCAACCAGUCCAGUGAACGGGUCACCUCCUGCGAAUGAAAUAUACACGCUAGCUAAACACAUGUCCACCAAGCAGUGAUGUGAAGUGUGAUGAGGUGAUCCGGUCUCACUCUGGCUGUCCUAAAAAAUGACCUGCGGUGAAACACGAAGACUGAGCAGAGAAAGCACGUACCAGUUAAUGAGGAGAGGUCAUCUCGCAAUGCCAUUUGUAACUGCCGUAUGUACAUUAAUGUUAUUCUUCUUUGGAGAUUUCAGUGGGAGAAUGCAAAUUAACUGCCGGGGCUCCUGAUUAGCUGUAAUCUAUUAAACUGUUCAUCAUUCUUCUAGGAUUAGAAAAUAAUCCUUCACAUGAAAAAUAUAUGUAAGUUAUGUUUCUUUUUUUGGCAUAUAGGCUUCUUUUUUAAUUUAGCUUCUCUUGAAAUGCUAACACCUUUAAUCUCAUGCAAGUUAUUCUGGCAUUGAGAAUGGAGAUGGAGAGAUGCUUCAUUCAUUCUGCUGAUGCUCCAUGGCCUUGUUCAGUGUUGUGUGGAAUGGAAAAAAAUGUCAUGCAAAAAUAACAAAAAAAGUACUUUCACUAAAUGCGCCUGGUGUUCCUGUGCUGUCCACUUUAUUUCCCUGUCCUUGUCUUCAUCUUCUCAUAGACUGAAAUUGUAAUUGUGAUAUAUCGGUGCUUAGCAUUUCAUCCAGAUGAUCAUGGGUCACUUGGCUUACAAUAUACAAUAUAAUGAUAAUUUGAGUUCCCAUUUAUUUGACACUUAAAUAACACUUUGUAUCAAUAUAGGAUUAAACUGCAGGCCUAUAUUUCAGGCCUAUUUUAAGGUAAGGCUCAUCUUUUGGUGAAUACAGCCUCCAGACUGACUCAUAUCAUCCAAAUCUCUUGCAUGCUGCAUCUCAAAAGUUUUUUUCUAGACCUUUACUUUGAUCAUAAUCAUGUAGACAUAUUUAAAAAUGGGUCUCAAGCUGUCAAUACUUUUUACAGUUAUAUUGUCCUCUAUUUUUCCAAUGCACAUCACCAUUAAAAGCAAUAUCAUGCAAA